AUGAACGGAGCAGCUGGUGGGCAAACCAACACCACCAUGACUGCCCCAAACGAUCAAGACCAAUGGUCCCAAGAAGACAUGCUCACUCUCCUGGAGACAAUGAAGUCUCUCCUACCAGGUCAGGACAACACUAAGUUCAAGACCACCGAGUCCCACCUGGAUUGGAACAAGUUGUCCUUCAAGAACUACAACGGGUCCAUGUGCCGCCAAAAGUGGACUGAGAUUUCAAAUGAGGUCAGGAAGUUUCGGACGCUGACAGAAUUGAUUCUGGAUGCAGAAGAACAUGUGAAGAAUCCGUACAAAGGAAAGAAACUGAAGAAACAUCCUGAGUUUCCCAAGAAGCCCCUGACUCCAUACUUCCGCUUCUUUAUGGAGAAGAGAGCUAAAUAUGCCAAGCUGCAUCCAGAGAUGAGCAACUUGGACCUCACCAAGAUCCUGUCUAAAAAAUAUAAAGAGUUACCAGAGAAGAAAAAGAUGAAAUACAUCCAAGAUUUCCAGAGAGAGAAGCAGGACUUUGAAAAGAACCUGGCAAGAUUUAGGGAGGAGCAUCCAGACCUCAUGCAGAACACGAAGAAAUCGGACAUCCCUGAAAAGCCCAAGACUCCUCAGCAGCUGUGGUACAACCACGAGAGGAAGGUCUACCUUAAGCUGAAACCUGAUGCCAGCACUAAAGAUGUGAAGGAUGCUUUAGGAAAACAGUGGUCACAACUUUCAGAUAAGAAGCGUCUAAAGUGGAUUCACAAAGCACUUGAACAGCGCAAACUCUAUGAGAACGCGAUGAGGGAGUACAUUCAGAAGCACCCAGAGAUGAAUAUUUCCGAAGAGGGCAUCACCCGCUCUACACUGACCAAGGCAGAGCGCCAGCUUAAAGACAAGUUUGAUGGUCGGCCCACUAAACCCCCUCCAAAUAGCUAUUCCAUGUACUGUGCAGAGCUGAUGGCCAACAUGAAGGAUGUGCCCAGUACAGAGCGCAUGGUGCUGUGCAGUCAGCAGUGGAAGCUGCUCUCCCAGAGGGAAAAGGAUGCUUAUCACAAGAAGUGUGAGCAGAAAAAGAAAGAAUAUGAAGUGGAAUUAAUGCGUUUCCUCGAGACUCUUCCAGAGGAGGAACAACAGAGGGUCCUGGCAGAAGAAAAGAUGGUCAGCCUGAACAAGAAAGUAACAAGCACUCCUGCCUCCAAGUUGGCAGCCCAGGAAGCAGCAAAGGCAAAGAACAAAUCUGGACAGCAAGAUAAAAAGAAAGGCGCAGAUGAGAGGGGGAAACUUCCUGAACCACCAAAAACGGCUGAAGAAAUUUGGCAACAGAGUGUGAUUGGAGACUACCUUGCUCGAUUUAAGAAUGACCGAGCCAAAGCCCUGAAGAGUAUGGAGACCACCUGGAUGAACAUGGAGAAGAAAGAAAAGAUCAUGUGGAUCAAAAAAGCAGCUGAAGACCAGAAGCGAUAUGAGAGAGAAUUAAGCGACAUGAGGUCAGCUCCAGCAACCACAGCCGGUGGCAAGAAGAUGAAGUUCCAAGGAGAACCCAAGAAAGCCCCAAUGAAUGGCUAUCAGAAGUUCUCCCAGGAGCUGUUGUCAAAUGGAGAGCUAAAUCACCUCCCCUUGAAGGAGCGGAUGGUGGAAAUUGGAAGUCGCUGGCAACGGAUCUCCCCUAGCCAGAAAGAAUAUUAUAAAAAGCAGGCCGAAGAUCAACAGAGAAUCUACCGCAUGCAGCUCGAAAACUGGAUGAAGAGUCUGUCAUCUCAAGAUCGUGCCGCCUACAAAGAGAUGAUUUUUCUAAAGCGUAAAAGCACUACAAAGCUGAAGGGACCCAACCCCAAAUCCAAGGCAACGUCUCAGAACAAAUCUGACGACGAUGACGACGAUGAUGAUGACGAUGAUGAUGACGACGAUGAUGAUGACGACGACGAUGAUGAUGAUGAGGAGGAGGAUAAGGAGGACUCAUCUGAAGGAGACUCCUCUGAGUCUAGUAGUGAAGAAGACAGCGAGGAUGGGGAGGAGCAACAGAAUGAAGAUGAAGAGGAGGAUGAUGAAGAGGACGACGACAACGAAUCCGGUUCCAGUUCCUCGUCUUCGUCUUCAGGAGACUCCUCAGACUCUGACUCUAACUGA